UCUUAACUUGGGUGGUCCAAACCAAUUUCCUUCUCCUUUUAUUUUCAGCACUUGUCCUCUUCGGAACACGCGGGUGGCCCCGCCGUCUCGCUUCAACGCUUUAAUUCUUCAACAACCCAUUUCACUUCGUUACCAAAGCAAAACAAACGGAAACUCUUCCUUGGAAAGUAAAGGCACAAGAAGUGAAGAGAAGAAUGAUUUUGAUGUAGUUGUGGUACAACACGUGCGAGUUAAUAAAAGAUGAAAAAAUUUUGGAUAAGUUUUUGUGUUUUUUUUGUGUUAAUAACCGGAAUUUUUACAUUGCGCAUUAAAAGAAGGUUAAAAGUGAAUCCCCACAAUUUAGAAUAUUGUAAAAGACCAGCAAAGUGUGAAAUUUUAAACGUAACGACUUGUUUAGGAACAAAACUACCUUAUGGAUUAACUUCUUUAUCACACACCGGCUUAAACGGCGAAGAACAAGUUGUGGAACGAUUAAAUUUAUUUAAAAAUUCCAUUUAUUUACCGAGAUGUUGGCCAAUUAUUCAACCGUUUCUUUGUGCGCAUUUCGUACCAAAAUGUGAAAACGAUUUCGUUUAUUUACCAUCAAACGAUAUGUGCAAAAGCGCCGAAAAAUUAUGCUCAACAUUCUACAAUUUAACUGGUCUCGAUUUCGAUUGCGAAGAUUCAAACUUAUUUCCACACGAUUGCAAAAAUUACAUCGUCGAUUUAAACACAACAAAAGGAGUCUGCAUCACACCUUUAAUUAAAACAGAUCAAGACGAAUCUUUUUAUUCAGGAAUCGAUGGUUGUGGGUUAUCAUGUAAAGAUCCAUUCUACACCCAAAUCGAGCAUAAACAAAUCCACAAAUUAAUUGGAUAUUGCGUCUUUUUAUGUUUAUUUUUAACGUUGUUUACCGUUUGUACGUUUAUAAUCGAUUGGAAAACAGCUAAUAAAUACCCAGCUUUAGCGGUUUUUUAUAUAAAUAUAUGUUUUUUGGUGUCGUACAGCGGAUGGAUGAUUCAAUUUCUUGGUACGGAGACACGGGAAGAUAUUGUUUGCAAACGAGAUGGAACUUUACGUAAAUCUGAGCCUAGAGCCACAGAAAAUUUAUCUUGUGUCAUUGUUUUCGUUAUGGUUUAUUAUUUUUUAAUCGCCGGAAUGGUUUGGUUUGUUAUUUUCACGUAUUGUUGGUACAUGGGUUCUUUGCAAGCUUUGGGGACCAUCCAAGAACGAGUUGAUAAGAAAAAGGCUUAUUUUCAUUUAGUUGCUUGGAGUUUACCCCUUAUGUUAACCAUCACAACGAUGGCUUUAGGAGAAAUCGAUGGUGAUUACACUUCCGGGAUUUGCUUUGUUGGCUGUUUAAACUCAGCAGCUAGAGCUGGGAUGUUAUUAGCACCUUUAGGAGUUGCUAUAUCAUUAGGUGGAUAUAUUAUAAUAAGAGGAUUAAUUUUAUUAAUAAGGGUGAAAAUAGAAAGCAGAGAGAUAAUUUCGGUUCAUUCAAGUCGAAAAAUUCGCUCGAAUAUAAUGCGAAUGGGAAUCUUCGCUCUUCUCAUGGUUCUUUUUACGAUAAUCACCUUCGUUUAUUUCUCAUACCGUACGACAAACAUUGAAUCAUGGAACGAAAGUUUAUAUAAAUACAUUAAAUGCAAAAUUCAAACUCCGAUUGAAGACCACAACUGCAAAUUAGAUUCCCGCCCCAGUUUGGCAAUGCUUCAGUUACAAUUAAUAGCGGUUUUUGGGAGUGGGAUAGCGAUGGCCUCUUGGACGUGGUGUGCUGCAACGGUGCAUUCUUGGACCCGAUACAUCCGAAGCUCAUGUCUUUUUAGAAAAUUUAAUUGUGAAUUAGAAGAACCGAUGAAGUUACAAAAGCACAAAAUAAUCGCCUUAGCUUUUGCUAAGCGAGAGAAAUUCAAACAAGAUGGGCGAAUAUCAAUUGAGCGCCAAAACAGUGAUCCUGUUGGGUUAAAUUUUGAAUUAAACAGCGAAGUUAGUACUACGUGGGCUAAAAAUCUUCCGAGAUUAGUGACACGACGUGGGGCAGUCCCAAACGACGUGAUUUAUUCUUAUACCAGUAGCAAUCAAUCGAUUGAUUCUGAGAUGAGUUUCAGUGUACGUCACGUCAGCAUAGAAUCUCGUAGAAACUCAACUGAUAGUCAAGUUUCAGUUAAAAUAGCCGAAUUAAAAGCUACGAGAAAAGCUAAAGGUCGCAUGCAUAGAUAUACAAGACAUAAACCGAAGACAUCCAGAGAAAUUGGAAGGAAGUUAUCGAAAACCUCAAGUUCUAGUAAAAUGAAAAUUUUCCAACCAAACAUGGGUAGAAGAACCGCAAUUUCCGGUUUAGACGGCCAACACAUAAACGAUUUAUUAUCAAACGGAAAACUCGUUAUUCCAUAUAACCUCAACAUUGACUCUUUGAGUGAAGACGAAAACGUAUCAGUUUCGAUCUCAGAGAGUCGUUUUAACAUGGUCUUAAGUAACAAUUUAGACUUAAACGAUCACUUAGCGAUGAAAUCUUUAAGGCAAGGUUUAAAAAUUGGAGAAUUAAAAACCACCUCUGAUGACAGUGAGUGUUCGAAAAAAGAUUACGACCAAGAAAAACGCGAAUCUCGCGGAAGCAAACGAUCUAAAUACUCGAAACGAUCAAAAAUUCAAUAUUCAAGCGAUUCCGAUGACGAUUCUGAUAAUAAUCGGCGAUCAGAAAGCUCUUCGUGUCCCGAAUUAAAGCAGUUGGUGCAAAGUUCUUUGAAUUCCGGGGCAUCGAUGGGCUGUUCGGAGAAAAAUCGCGGAAGUAAGCAAUCGAAACGAUCGAUUGAUGUCGCAGUACAAGCUAACGCCAAAGAAAUUAUGACUCAAACGGCUGCUUAUGAGCUUCCGUUGAAAUCGGACGAGAAAAAACAUAAAACGAAACAGGCUAAAAUGAAGGAGAAUAAAUAUAAAAAGGAGGGGAGGAGCAAUGAGAAGGUUUUAUUUGAGAAAAUUCGAAGAUCUAAAGAGAAAUAUAAAGAUUAUGGAAGUGAAAAUGAAAAGGUUAUGUUGAAUGUUUAAUUUUUAAGGUUAUAAAUGACUGAAUGUAAUUUGUAGGUUAAGAAUUUUAUUAAUUUUGUUAUUUAUGUUAAUUUAGGAAACACUAAAUUAAAAUAUAAAGCAUAAAAUGAA